GUUUCUGUCUUCACUUCUUUCCUGUGGAGCUGAUGCCUGGUUAACAUCUUGUAACAUUUUCCGCCAUCACGUUUUAUACUUUUUCUUUUUUUUUUUUUUAAGUCUUGCUGCAUUUCCACUUUUUUUUUUUUUUUUAAGUCUUGCUGCAUUUCCAACUUAUCUUUUUACACACAGCCUGUGUGGGUUAACCUGACCGUCCUAAAAGGUCUGAGGAGACUGCGCGGUCAGGGCCUUUUCUGUGGCUACCUCCGUUAUGAAUUUUAUUUAUUCCCAAAUCUAUUCCAUUUCGUAGUGUUUCUCUUGCCUUGUUUUGCUUUCAGUGCGUGUAUGCCCCCCCCCCCCUCCUCAGAUUUCAUCCUCUGCUGCCGUGUGAUAUCAAUCUGAUCUGCCCAGGUCCUUCAGCAUCAAUACUACAGACUGAUGUUACUUAAACUGUAUAAGCAACACAGCAGUGCCUUAAUUUGUUCUGUGAUUGUGCCUGUAACUCCAAACACUUCCAAUUCAUUGUGCUGUUCCUUCUGCUGUGCCUGCCCUGGCCACCAGGGGGCUGUACGAUACAGAAAAUAGGCCUGAGUAUUGGUUGUUUUGUAUACGCGUUCCCCGCAGCUUUUCAAAAUUUUCUUGCUUCAAGGUGACUUGCGUUGCAAUCAGUUAGCCUGUCAAUGGUCUAUUCGAUUAUCUGUUAGCAUUAAGGUAAUGGGGGUGCUCCUCAGGCAAAGUUUAGUAGCUAUAAAAUGUUUUUUUUUUUUUUUUUGACAGUAAACUUCCAACUGAAUGACAGUAAAUACCUUGAAGACCCUUGUGAAGAAUUGUUUGACUCACAAGUUGUGCUUAUUGGGAAGUACACGGCACCACUGUAUGACCGUUUCUUUAAGCAGUCAGUUUUCAGAGGUGGAUUUGAGUCCCCGCUGAAGGCCCAGGUUCCACAUGCACAGCCUGCAGGUGUUCUCAGGCUCUAAAGUUUUGCUUGUCCUUGAACUGCAUUCCUCUUGUUGUCCACCAGGGGGAGGUUUUGCUCUCUCUUGGCCUUACAGGGCUGACUUUACCUGCCAACUCUCACAAUGUCAAGAGUAUGACACUUAAAAUCUUAAGAGGCUCCUCCUGGUUUUGUGGCGUUAGGCCCUUCUCCCUUCGUUUUUGUUCCAACUCCCUGACAGCGCGUUGACGGGGAUUAACCUCGGCUCUUCGCCGUCUUCGGAGAUGAGGACAAACGUGAACUGGAGAACGUGACGCGACGAGCCGGGAAAUUUUUUAACUGCCUGUCUUGCAUGAGAAUGCAUCCAGAGUGUCCCCAUUGGAGAAUUAUAAGAUUGGGGCGCACAUCCAACUCCUUAUUUUUCCUUAGUGGUCUUCGGGCUGAGCUGGAGACUAGCCCGGCCACAUGUAGACAACCAUUCACAACUAUAGGCAAUUUGGAGCGCUGGUCCAGAAACUACGGUCGACGUAUCAGCGAAACAAAUGACCAUAAAUCGUAGUUUCAUUUGACCAAGUGCAUACCUACGCUGGUUGAAUGUCUACAUGCCUCUCUUUACAAGUUUUUUUGAUGUAAAAAACCAUGAUACAGUUCCAAACGUUUUCCACUAUUGUCACCUAAAAGCUUUACAAAAUGUUGGCAAAAGAGUGUACACCCUCAUUACUGGGAUGGUAGCCAUGUUCAGGAUUGACCAAUUCCAUCAAUUCAAAUUCGUUAUGUUAAAAGGGAAUCAGCAUGCGCAAGUGCCUCUGAUAACCCCAAGUGAAGUCCAGGUGUCUGAUAAGGAUUCACCUGACAUCUUGCACCACAGGCCAUGGUCUGCGGGGAGCUUCCGCAACAUCAGACGGGCCACAUUUUCAAAGGUUAGCGGUCAGGAUAAAGGCUACAAAAGAAUUUCUAAGGCAUGCAAUAAACCAUGGAGGACAGCGAUGACAGUCAUCGAGUGGAGAAACUGCGGCACAAUGACGUGACCAAGAACUGGACGUCCCUCCAAAAUAUAUGAAAAUAGAAGAAAACUGGUCAGGGAGUCUCACAGCAGCAUCAAAAGUAGCUGCAGUCAUUUCUGGCAAGUAUUGACUGAGAUCAUGAGAGAACAAUUUCCCGUUUUCAUAUGACGACUGUGGCGUACAGUUUUAAGACAAAGAGAAGAGAUCCAACAUUUUGCAAAAGUAUUUGAAAUCUCCCAAAUGCAUGUCGGAAAAUGUGUUAUGGUCUAGUGAAACCCAGGUUGCCUGCCCCCCCCCCCCCCCCCCCCAAAAAAAAUAUUCUUAAUUCCUAUUCCCAUUUAGGAGUACAGUUGAUCCCUGCUGUUUGUAACGGGCCUCAGAAGAGUGAAUGUCCACCUCUAGCAAGGGUCACCCACAAAAGUCAUGAUAAUUGCUUAUGUCGUUUAAACAAUGAACAUAGCACAAACUGAGAUGGGCUCAUAGCGUUUCAAACACGUACAAACAAUAUUUCGCCAUGAAAAAAAAAAAAGGCAAAUUGGCGGGCUUCUCCGCCAAUAACGGACUGAUAGCUUCCCCCCUCCCCCAAAAUGUGUGAAGCUCUUAUUUAGAGUUGAAGUUUCUAAUAAGGGCUGAACAUAACAUGAAAACUCAAACAGCGCGAAUGAACCCUGAACCUCAGAAGUGCUAAGCACUAGCACACGAUGCUACCCAAGACCAGCCCUUUGCCAUUUUCCCCCCCGUCCUCCUCUGACGCUUGCUUACAUGCGGUGUCUUAGCAUUUGGUUUUUCACCAGCAGUCCUUUCCAAGCAGCACAAUCCUCCGUGGAAUAAAUUGAAAUGCAAAGAGAUUGCAUAAUUGGGCUGAAGGAAAAUGUCAAAGCCACAUCAUCCAAACAUAGCUUUGCUUUUUGAACUAAAAUCUCAUUCCCCCAAAAUUGCAAGUGCACAAAAUACACAACUUGGUAUCAUUUUAUCUUCAAUUGGGUUGUGCAAACAUUGAACUUUUCUUGAGGUACCUCAAAGCACAAAAUAAGGGAGACGACGUCGCUGGGCAUUCCCGAUCGGGUGCGUUUGAAAUCCAAAGCAUGUGGGUGCUUUUCACAUCUGGCACCACUUAUUGACAUCAACGCGGCGCUCUCUAAUCAAGCAAAUACUGGCAAACGCAAGCGGCCACACAUGCUCGAGCUGGCUUGCUUCGCUCGGGCCCCAUUUUAAAUGGCAACCGCCCCGUUUUUUUGAAUUUGUAACUUGAUGAAUCGCAGGAAGAAGGGGGAGCCUGGCGGCUGUGUCGCACGUAGUCAAACGGAUGCUUUGUUAUUACCAGGUAGUAGCGCAGACUUAGACACGCUACAUGCUCGCACCUGGUUGAAGUGACUGCUAGGUUGCUAGCUACCGCUGCGUUUAGAUUCAUACCUGCUCGUAGAUAGGCAUACCCGGUUUUGUCCGUGGAAAACACGUAUUUUCCAACGCUACCGGUUACUCGUACGUCUAGAUUUAGAACUACUACCUGUUAGUCAAUGGCCGUACUUGUUCCCCCCCCCCCCCCCCCCCCUUGGUACUUCCACUGCGCCAGUGGAAGACAGUACUUUGUAUUCCACCAGGGAUGUUUUUUUUUUUUUUAAAGGAGACAGUCGCUCUGCGGCCCACAGUUAAACCAGUCAUCCCGCCACAUCUGAAUCCCCCCCAAAUACCGUUAAGGCUGCACAGCUUAUGUGAUUUAGACUCAAUGUCAGCGUGACAGCAGAGGAGCAAACUUGUCUUUUUUUGCUUCACGGUGGCUGCAUGGCACCACUUAAUGCAGGGGCCGACCGCGGGCUUUAUGCACACUGGAGUUAUUGAAUCUGUGCAUUUCUGCCAGUCGAGAGCGUCAGGACAUUUAAGCCAACUUUUGUGUCGGAUGGCGAAACACUUUCAAACUUUGCUCCCAUGCUCUGCACACGUGCAAAGAAAUAAAAAAUGAAGAUGUUUCACAAGCUCGCCCUCCGUCAAGUUGGUAUACGUGAUUCAAAUUUGGUAGCAAUAGGACAAAAUCUGUAUGACAAAUUCACUUUUGAAGAACUCCGGGAAACGGCAAAAAGGGUCCCUAAAAGGGCCACGUCAAACCAAAAUGGCAGACAUCCCGUUUCUUUAUAGGCAUGACAUCUCGAGGCUUUUUGCGGGCCUGCUCGUGCUCGGCGUGAUUACUAAAUGUCAUGUUGCUAAGUGAGUUAAGGGGCGGAAUUUAAAAAAAACAAAAAGGCUUUAUACGUUGGACCCCCGGAAAUCAAAAUGACCCUCUAAUGGCUGCUCUUAACCGAAAUUGUUUUUUCAAGCACGGCUUCUUGAGACUUUUUUUGUGUGUGUGUGGUUCUACUCAUAGACAAACCCACUUGUCCUUGAGGACUGAAAUGGCCCCUCUUGUUUUGCCCACCUCUUUCCUUACAACCCCCCCCCCCCCCCCAAAAAAAAAAAAAGCAGAGCAGCCAACCAGGAGACUGUCCACCUGUUUACAUAUGCAGGCCUCUCAGACAGAUGUUGAAUAAUUCAUCCCCGCGGGCGGACGACAUGCGGCUGUAUUUGGGUUACGCUUCGGCUAUGUGUGUGCGCCUUUAUCCGAAAAAGCUUAGGCUACUUGAAGAAGUAGGGCACAAAGUCGCACAAAUACCCAACGUCAUUUUGCUUUUUCGUCAUCUUGUCAGCAGGGGAGUUCUCCAUAUCGCUAAGUAUCAAUCCAGAAUUGGAGGACAUUUUUUCUUUUUCUUUUCUUUUUUUUUUUUGUCCCCCGCCUCCAAGAAAUUUCAAAUAAUCCACGCACAAGAUAGAGAAACGUAUAUAUUGGGUACAAUAUAAUUGUCCUGAGACAAAAUGUAAUUUUAGCUGUCGUACAAGUUAUUAGUUUUUUGCAUGAUUUUGUUUGUUUGUUACAGGCAGUACUUGUUUUCAUCGCAGACAUAGUAGUAAAUAGUAGUAAUUAUGCUGUGAAGUUGUCUCUCAAAAAAAGUGAGCUGAACAUGCCUCAGCGGGAAUGGCGUCGUCGAUGUAAUUGCUCAGCUUUGUUUCAUUUGCAACCUUCCAUUACUUUAAUUGGAGUAUUACUAGCAUAUUAUUGUUCCAAUAAAAUGUAACGGUUCAUUUCGAAAAGGCUUUUUCCAGCAAUAUUUUUGAAAUCUUCCAGGUUUGUGAGUACCUGCAAGAGGGUUGUGCCAAACACAGUCAAAUCUAUGCUAUGACAAAUUUCUCAUUAAUAGUUGUACCAGUGAUGGUUUAGCCGAACGGAUCAAAUGAUAUGAUGGUUACCCGUUUUUUUCUUGAAACCAUAUCAAUAAUUAUCAAGUGAAGGGUCUAAUUUCCCAAAAAUGUCGGUGACUGAAAUGUCCUCCAACUGUGGAAUGAGCCAUAAAAGUGAUGGAGAGCUUUUAGCGGGGCCGUAUAUCAGCGCACUGGCGACGAGGUGUUUUGGCUCUCAGUGUCUGCUUUUCUGCUUUUACGGCAGCCCACAUUUUUACACCCGGUUGCGUUGCGCCGCCCUUUUUGGGCCCCCCGAGUUGGACACCAAGGGCCGCGCUCCAUCCAUGCGUCAGGCGCCACCGCUCUCCCUCGCCAUCCAUCUUCGCCUCAGCGUUUAAACGGGCUGAACUUUACGGGGAGCUUUAAGUGCGUCUUAAAAAAAAAAAAACAUCUUCGGCGAUGGGGAGUGGCGCCGGAGCGCAAGACGGCUGAAUGUCGACACGACAUUGAGUACACCUCCGUUGAACUUCAGAAGCACAAUGCCAGUGUUGUUGUUGUAGAGUGUAAUUUUUUUUUUUUGGGGGGGGGGGGCAGGCCGGAAGCCAUUCAUUUCAAUGAGUCACAUAUGGAUGCGGUUUGCCUCGGGCCCCCAAAUGAGCUCCGCCCCUUUUCCCUUUCCAAUUGCGCAAUUCGGUCCAUUUCCGGUUCUGUGGUAACCAUCGCGGCUGUACCUAAUCAAGUGCCCCUGCGUUGCAGUGCAGGCAGUCAGCCGUGAGGGGGCGUGGCGCUCAGGCGCCCUCCUCUCUCGCGGCACGCGGCGGGUGGGGAGGUGGGCGUGGAUGUGUUGCCGGAGGAAGAGAGCCUCGCACACGCACGCACGCGCGCGCGCGGAGCAGGAGAAGUGCGGAAGGCUGCGCGGCGCGGGGAGCGUGAUCGGACGUCGUGGAUUGUACGUGCGUGGGCAGGAUGCUUGGAGUUUGGACGCACAUUCGGUGGAUGUAUCGGAGCAUGCUUUUCCCAGCGUGCACCUGAACGCAUCGCCGUCGCCGCUCUUGUGGAGAUUGAAGAAAGAAAGAAGGAAAGAAAGGAAGGAAGGGGACGACAACAACAACAACAAAAGCAUCACUCUUCUUUUUGACGCGUGAUGCUGAGAGACAAGUUUGGCAGGGACGUAGACGAAGCCCCCCCUCAGCAACAGCAGCACGAGACCCCCGUCGAGACCGUCUCAACUUUCCAGGAUGACUUGAAGAGUCGUCGCUGAGGGAGCAUCCGAGGAGCCGCCAAGACGACAAGAGAGAAGAAGAAGAAGCCCUUAAAAAAAAAAAAAAGCUGCAGAAGAAGAAGAAGGUGAUGGCAAUCAAGCGCAGCGGAGCCAUGGAGGUGCUGAUCCUGAGCGCGCUCUCCUGGAUGUGCGUGCGGGCCGAGGAGAAGAUCAUCUUUGACAGGCACUCGGUCUACUGGAACAGCUCCAACCCCAAGUUCUGGCACGGAGAGUACCGGGUGGCGGUGAACAUCAACGACUACCUGGACAUCUACUGCCCCUACUACGAAAGCCCGCCCAACCACGGCCGCAUGGAGCGCUACAUCCUGUUCAUGGUCAACCAGGAGGGCUACACUUCCUGUCAGCACAGGCUGCGCGGCUUCAAGCGCUGGGAGUGCAACCGACCCAGCGGGGUCGACGGACCGCUGAGGUUCUCCGAGAAGUUCCAACUCUUCACGCCCUUCUCGCUGGGCUUCGAGUUCAGGCCCGGACACGAGUACUACUACAUCUCGUCUCCCCAUCCGAACCACGUGGGCCGAGCGUGUCUAAAGCUAAAAGUGUAUGUCAGACCUCCUGAUGGCUCGGGAUACGAUUCUCCAGAGCCCUUCCUGACUGACGGUGGCGGUCUGAGCUGGAGGCCAGACUCCGCGGCCCCAGUAGCCACUCUGGCCUGGCUGCUGCUGGGACUCUUCUCCUGGCUGUGACCCGCUCACUGCCCCUCUUCCUGGAGCUCCCGCCCCGGGAUGCCAGGCCGGGCUGGCUGUCCCUCUAAACUCCACCACCCUCCUCAGGGAAGCCCUUUGACCCUCCCCAUCCACCUUCCCUCCCACCUCCACUUAUCUACAAUGCGACCACCAGCCACCACCACUGCCAGCCCCCCUCCCCGCCCUCCAUGGCCCAACCACGGACACCCUUCCCAGGCCUGGCAAGUCUGCAGGGUGAACCGGAUAUCUUGCACUCUGGGAAAUGUCCUUUCACUUGUAUCAGGAUCUUCUUUGGAUGUGACUAUAGACUCUUGGCCAGUGACAAGGUAGAUGUACCCAUGGACAUGAUUAAACUUGUCAUCCAUCCAGAAGGUCGGCCUGGACGCACAGAAGAGUUUUUGUACUCCCAAAGCCUGAAGCGCAAGUAGACCUGCCUGCAUUUUUACAACCUAAUCAAAUUCUUGCUGUAGACUAAACAGAUCCAGAUCACGUGAGCACACACGAUGACAACUUUAACCAUAGCCUGUGGGAGGGUUACCGGGUGGGUCUGGUGAGGUGUAUAUUUUCAGGUGGGAUGUGUUCUUGUCUCGUUUGUUGUUUCUAAACAAAAGCAUUUAUCACCGCCUGCUCGCAGCACAGGCGCAGUCUGCACUUGUCUUAGUCCAACAGGUCGGGUGACUUCUGGAACCAUGACUUUACUCCUGUAUGAAUGUACCACUGGUCACCCACCUCUUUGUGUUUGUGUAUUGUUACAAAUGUGGUUUCUUCUCUCAGACAGUUGAUCGGCGGGUUAUGGGUAGUGGUUUCUGGGGAACGGGUUCUAGGGUCUGGGAGCUAGGGUUUUGUGGCGACACUCAAGUUGCAUGACCACUGUGAAACCCUCAGAACAACUCUGUUUGUAUUGAUGAUGUAUUUUUUCAUGGGGGGAACCAGAACCACCCUGCCGCCACUCUCGGUCUCCUGAGACAUUUUAAAGCACUCUCACCCCAUGUGGUGGUUCAGGGGCGGGGGGGGGGGGGUCCAGAAUGGCGGCUGCAAUGGGUGAAACCAACCAGAAACCAUCUGAGAGACUCGACCGGACCACAACGGACGUUAAUGCAGACUGAAACUGGUCUUGGCUCAUAAAACCAGUAUAAAGGGAAGUGCGUGGACUGUGGCAUGUGUGGUAGCACCAGAAACACAUACAGUACACACAGCCACACACGCACACACAUGCGGUCCUCUCUGAUGGGAGCCUUCAUGGACUGAGUUUAAUGGCAAAAGGGUUUUUUUUGCUGGGAAGUGAACAUAUAAGAGCAAAGCACUGUGAACACACAUACUUGCAGACACACAACAGCCUGUUCUCCCAAGAAUUGAGUAGGACUUCAUGCAAAAGGUACACAGUAAUUAGUAGAAAACUGACAUUUUUUAUUUUUUUUAGGUUGCUUUAAAAGAGUGUCUUUUUUACAAAGGAAAUGUAUGGAAAUAAUUACUUGAUGGCAUUUUUCUGAAUAUGUAGUGUUCAUGUCGGCCAUUUUAGUGGACUGUGUCGCAACACAAGGCGCCAUUGCACUGGAGCUUUCUAAAGUAAUAGUCCAGGUCUAACAUCACUUUUGUUCCCACUAAAUUCUUGUGAGUUGCAGAUUAUAUGUAGAAAAAGACACAAGGCAUGCACACACAAACAUACAUUCACACAAACAUAAAUACACACACAAACAAGGGGAAGCACCUCCUUCCCUGUUUCCUCUUAUUUUUGUAGCAUUUAAAAAAAAGAUCACUGUUGAAGACUCCUGCGUGGGAUGCAGUGAUGGGUGCGCGAGAGUGAGUGUAGCCUGUGGAAGAUUAAAACAAACAAACAAACAAAACAA